UCGGGGUGACGCACUCUACGCAGCUACGGAAACGCUGGGCUCUGUUGUGGGAAGCCAUCGUGACAGGUUAGCAGCGGACUGUAAACAUGGCGGCGUGCACGGCUACAGCGCCGUGCUGCACACCCCAUCACUAUUAGUCUGUGAGACGGAGACACCCCAAACAUGGAGACCGAAGAGGAGCAGCACAUGACGACGCUCCUCUGCAUGGGGUUUCCAGACCCCGUCGCAAUACGGAAAGCACUCCGGUUGGCGAAGAACGACAUCAACGAGGCAGUUGCGCUUCUGACGAACGAAAGCCCGGGACUCGGGUAUGGAUAUGAGCCGAUGGAGAGCGGGCCUAACCCGGGCUUGGGGUCGAGUGGAGACGGGGAAAACAGCGGGCGCACCGGGACCGGAGGAUUUGACCCUCCGCCCGCAUACCACGAUGUAGUGGAUAGCGAGAGGAACAAUGAUGAGAAUGGGAACUGCUCUGGGGGAAGCAUGGAGUUCCCCACCACCAACCUGUAUGAGCUAGAGAGCAGAGUCUUCACUGACCACUGGUCCAUACCUUACAAGAGAGAGGAGUCCCUGGGCAAGUGUCUCAUCGCGUCCACCUGCCUUGCCCGGCACGGUCUCACUGAUGCUGAUGAGAACUGCAAGCGGUUCAUGGACCGGUGCAUGCAAGAGGCCUUCAAAAAACUGCUGACCAGCAGUGCAGUCCAUAAAUGGGGGACUGAAAUCCACGAGGGGAUCUACAACAUGUUAAUGUUACUGGUGGAGCUUGUGGCAGAGAGAGUCAAGCAGGACCCCAUACCUGUGAACCUGAUGGGGGUACUAACCAUGGCCUUUAACCCUGAUAAUGAGUACCACUUUAAGAACCGGAUGAAGGCCUGUCAGAGGAACUGGGCUGAAGUUUUUGGAGAUGAGGCCAACAUGUUCGCCGUCUCUCCUAGUAACACCUACCAGAAAGAGCCUCACGGUUGGCUGGUCGACUUAGUGAAUCGAUUUGGAGAAUUGGGAGGAUUCACUGCCAUCCAGACUAAACUCAACGCAGAGGAAAUUGAGAUUGCAUGUGUAUCAGCUCUGGUCCAGCCUCUCGGUGUUUGUGCAGAAUACCUCAACUCCAGCCUUGUCCAGCCCAUGCUAGACCCAGUCAUCCAUAAGAUGAUCACUUAUGUACAAAACCUGGAGGAAAAGGACCUUAAAGACAAGCGUCUGGUGAGCAUUCCAGACCUGCUGUCGGCCAUUAAGCUGCUGUGUAUGAGGUUCCAGCGGGAGCUGGUCACUGUGGUGGAUGACCUGAGGCUGGACACACUACUGCGUAUGCUCAAAACCCCCCAUUUCUCCACCAAGAUGAACUCCCUCAAAGAGGUGACCAAGCUGAUAGAGGAGAGCACAGUGUCUAAGACGGUGAAAAAUGCCAUUGACACAGAUAAACUGCUAGACUGGCUGGUAGAGAAUUCUGUCCUGUCAAUAGCACUGGAGGGUAACAUCGACCAGGCUCAGUACUGUGAGAGAAUUAAAGGCAUCAUCGAGCUACUGGGGAGUAAACUGUCCCUGGAUGAACUCUCCAAGAUCUGGAGGAUUCAGGCUGGUCAGUCAUCCACAGUGAUCGAGAAUAUCCACACUAUCAUCGCUGCCGCUGCUGUCAAGUUCAACUUUGAUCAACUCACUCACCUCUUUGUGCUCAUACAGAAGAGCUGGGAGGUGGAGAGUGACCGUGUAAGGCAGAAGCUACUCAGCCUGAUCGGAAGAAUUGGCCGAGAAGCUCGUUCUGAAGCUACAACAGGAAAGGUGCUGGAGGUGCUGUGGGAGCUGGCCCACCUCCCCACACUGCCCACCAGUCUGGUUCAGCAGGCAUCCGAGGAGCACCUUGGCAUCCUGAGUGACGCCUACGCUGUCAAAGAGACUGUGAAACGCAGUUACAUCAUCAAAUGCAUCGAGGACAUUAAGAAGACUCAUACUCAGGAGGAGAGUAAAGGCAGCGACACUCAAAGUUCAUUUCUUACUGGCUCUUGGGGCAAGAGGAAAGCCAGCUCAUUGGCCAAAGCUUCUCAGCAGAGCAGUCCUCAGGCAGUCUGGGUUGUCCCUGCUCUUCGUCAGCUGCACGAGAUCACACGCUCUUUCAUCAAGCAGACUUACCAGAAACAAGACAAGAGCAUCAUCCAAGACUUGAAGAAGAACUUUGAGAUCGUCAAACUGAUUACGGGAUCUCUCGUGUGCUGCCAUCGACUCGCCGUGACAGCUGCAGGAAACAACGGUCUCUCAGGUUCCACCCUGGUGGACGGUCGAUACACCUACCAGGAGUAUCUGGAUGGCCACCUGCGCUUCUUGGCCUUCUUCCUUCAGGAGGCCAGCCUCUACCUGGUGUGGAACAGAGCCAAGGAGAUCUGGGAGUGCCUGGUGUCCGGACCUGACGUCUGUGAACUUGACAGAGAGAUGUGUUUUGAGUGGUUCACUAAAGGACAACAUGACCUAGAGAGUGAUGUUCAGCAGCAGCUCUUCAAGGAGAAGAUCCUCAAACUGGAGCCGUAUGAGAUCACCAUGAAUGGUUUCAAUCUAUUCAAGACCUUCUUUGAAAACGUCAAUCUGUGUGACCAUCGCCUGAAACGGCAGGGGACUCAGCUGUGUGUGGAGCGCCUUGACCUAACAGGGAUGGAUUUUAUCUGGCGUAUCGCCAUGGAGACCCCAGAUGAAGAGAUCGCCAAUGAGGCCAUCCAACUCAUAAUCACCUACAGCUACACCAACCUCAACCCCAAGAUGAAGAAGGAUUCUGUGUCUUUGCACAAGAAAUUUAUCGCUGAUUGUUACAAGAGACUUGAGGCGGCCAGUUCUGCCCUGGGUGGGCCCACCUUGACACAUGCUGUUACCAGGGCAACCAAGAUGCUGACAGCCACUGCCAUGCCGACUGUGGCCACCUCUGUCCAGUCACCAUCCAGAUCUACAAAGCUAGUGAUAAUCGAAAGACUGCUGCUAUUGGCUGAGCGCUACGUCAUCACUAUAGAGGACCUGUACUCAGUUCCUCGCACCAUUCUACCUCACGGGGCCUCGUUCAACGGUCACCCUGUCUCCCUUCACAUCACCUAUGAGUCAACCAAAGACACCUUCACCUUGGAGGCACAUAGCAAUGAGACAAUAGGAAGCAUCCGGUGGAAAAUUUCUGAACACCUGAGCUGCCCAGUAGACAAUGUUCAGAUCUUUGCCAACGACAGCGUGUUGACUAUGAAUCGGGACCAGAAGCUCCUGUCCCAGCUUGGCUUCAGUGACGAGCAGAGUUUGACUGUGAAGAGCUCUGGCACCGGCACUCCCUCUGGCAGCUCUGAGUCCUCAGCCUCUGCCUCCAGCAGCUCCAGCUCUGCUGUCUUCAAUUCUGCCUAUGCAUUGGAGCAGGAAAAGUCCUUGCCUGGUGUGGUGAUGGCCUUGGUGUGUAAUGUGUUUGAGAUGCUUUACCAGCUCGCUAACCUUGAUGAACCCAGGAUUACUCUGCGUGUGCGGAAGCUGUUGCUGCUGAUCCCUACAGAUCCAGAAGUGCAGGAUGCUUUAGACAACUUUGUUCCCAAAGAGUCCAGUGUCUGGAGCCACCAGAAGACGCUGUUCACACUUGGUCAAGGCACAGGCUCUCGUUCUCCAUCUCUGUCUUCUAAGCAGCAGCACCAGCCUAGUGCCGCAUCCAUCCUAGAGUCCCUGUUCAGAUCCUCAGCCCCCGGCAUGUCCACCUUCAGAGUGCUCUACAAUCUCGAGGUGUUGAGCUCCAAACUGAUGCCCACAUCAGAUGAUGAGAUGGCCAAAACUAGUGUCAAGUCCUUCUGUGAGAAUUUCCUCAAAGCAGGCGGCCUCAGUUUGGUGGUGAACGUUAUGCAGAGAGAUUCAAUCCCCUCAGAGGUGGACUAUGAAACCAGACAAGGAGUCUACUCUAUCUGUCUUCAGUUGGCCAGAUUCCUUCUGGUUGGCCAGAGCAUGCCAGCAAUGUUAGAUGAUGAUGUCAUCAGGGAUGGAGAGGCGCUGUCGUCCCGCCCUUUCCGUAACGCUGGUCGGACUGGGCGACAGCUGUCCCUGUGUGGAACUCCAGAGAAGUCCUCCUACAGACAAAUGUCCCUGUCUGAGCGCUCCUCUAUAAGAGUUGAGGAGAUCAUACCUGCUGCUCGUGUAGCUAUUCAGACCAUGGAGGUAGGUGACUUCACCUCCACUGUAGCCUGUUUCAUGCGUCUGACAUGGGCAGCUGCAGCCGGGCGAUUGGAUCUAGUGGGCAGCCCUCAGCCAAUCAGAGAGAGCCACAGCUCACUUUUGCCCCAGGGAAUUCGCACCCGAGUCAGCAGCACAGGAAGUAAUUGCAGCUCCAGCAGUGAGGGUGAGGCUACACCAACAGCAUUACAUGCAGGGAUUUGUGUCAGACAGCAGAGCGUCUCCAUCAAAGAUGCCAUCAUCGCCCGUGAAGCCCUGUCACUGUUGGUUACCUGUCUGCAGCUACGCUGUCAGCAGCUCUCUUCGUUUUACAACCUCCCCUCCGUCAGUGACUUCAUCAUUGAUAUUCUGCUCGGAUCUCCCAGUGGAGAGAUACGUCGUGUUGCUUGUGAUCAGCUGUACACUCUGAGCCAGUCUGACACCUCAGCCUUCCCUGAGCUUCAGAAGCCCAACCUGUUCCUCCUCUCAGUCAUCCUCACCGCACAGCUGCCAUUAUGGAGCCCGACAUCCGUCAUGAGAGGAGUGAACCAGAGACUGCUGUCCCAGUGCACUGAGUACUUUGACCUUAGAUGCCAGCUUCUGGACGAUCUAACCACCUCAGAGAUGGAGGUAUUGAAGGUGAGUGCAGCCACCAUGCUGGAGGAUGAGAUCUCCUGGCUCGACAACUUUGAGCCCAGCUGGAGCUCUGAGAUGGAGACCAGCGAGGCGGAUAACAUCCUCCAGGCAGGACACCUCCGGCUCAUCAAGACGUUGCUGUCACUGUGUGGCAACGAGAAGGAACAUCUUGGUCCAUCUCUGAUCCAGCAGUUGUUGGAUGACUUCCUGUUUCGAGCCUCACGCAUUAUCAUCAACAGCUCUAACCCCACACCCUCCCCAGCCCCCAGCCAUGACUUCCACCCCAAGUGCAGCACAGCCAGCAGCAGGCUGGCAGCCUAUGAGGUGCUGGUGAUGCUGGCAGACAGCUCGCUCUCCAACCUGCAGCUGAUCACCAGAGAGCUGCUCUCAAUGCACCACCAGUCUGACCCUUCCCUUAGCAAAGAGUUUGAUUACCUACCCCCAGUAGACAGCCGGUCAGUCUCAGGGUUCGUUGGGUUGAAGAACGGUGGAGCCACGUGUUACAUGAACGCUGUGUUCCAGCAGCUCUACAUGCAGCCAGGCCUGCCAGAGGCUUUCCUGUCUAUUGAAGAUGACACAGAGCAGCCAGAGGAGAGUGUCUUCUGCCAGGUCCAGUCUCUGUUUGGCCAUCUGAUGGAGAGCAAACUGCAGUACUACGUACCUGAAAACUUCUGGAAGAUCUUCAAGAUGUGGAACAAGGAGUUGUACGUGAGAGAACAGCAAGAUGCUUAUGAGUUCUUCACCAGCCUGGUGGACCAGCUAGAUGAACAUCUCAAGAAAAUUGGUCGCGAACAGAUCUUCAAAAACACUUUCCAGGGCAUCUUCUCUGACCAGAAGAUUUGCAAAGACUGUCCUCACCGGUAUGAGCGUGAGGAAACCUUCAUGGCCCUGAACCUGGGCGUGACCUCCUGUCAGAGUUUAGAGAUCUCAUUGGACCAAUUUGUCAGGGGGGAGGUGCUGGAGGGCAGUAAUGCCUACUAUUGUGAGAAAUGCAAGGAGAAGAGGACGACUGUGAAGAGAACAUGCAUCAAAUCCCUGCCCAGCGUUCUCUGUAUCCACCUCAUGCGCUUUGGCUUUGACUGGGAAAGUGGUCGCUCCAUCAAAUAUGACGAGCAGAUCAGGUUUCCUUGGGUGUUGAACAUGGAGCCAUACACAGUCUCCGGCAUGGCUCGUCAGGACUGCAGCGGAGAAGGAGGGGAGGGGCGGGGCGAUGGAGCAGCAGGAGGGUCACCCAGGAAGAAAGUGACCAUUUCUGAAAACUAUGAACUGGUGGGAGUUGUUGUCCACAGCGGCCAGGCACAUGCCGGACACUACUACUCCUUCAUCAAGGACCGACGAGGUAGUGCUCGUGGACGUUGGUACAAGUUUAAUGACAACGUGGUGGAGGAGUUUGAUAUGAAUGAUGAAACCUUGGAGUAUGAAUGCUUUGGAGGAGAGUACCGCCCCAAAGUCUAUGACCAAUCCAAUCCAUACCCUGAUGUGCGGAGGAGGUACUGGAACGCCUACAUGUUGUUCUAUCAGAGGAUUAGUGACCAGAACUCUCCUGUCCUGCCCAAGAAAAGCAGAGUCAGCGUCAUGAGGCAGGAGGCUGAGGACCUCACACUGUCCGCCCCCUCCUCCCCUGAUGUUUCCCCUCAAUCGUCUCCUCGGCCUCCCAGGGCCAACAAUGACCGCCUCACCCUCCUCACCCGUCUGGUCCGAAAAGGAGAAAAGAAGGGCCUGUUUGUAGAGAAGAUGCCCGCCAGCAUUUACCAGAUGGUGAGAGAUGAAAAUCUGAAGUUCAUGAGGAACAGAGAUGUCUACAACAGUGACUACUUCAACUUCACGCUCUCCCUGGCCUCUGUCAAUGCAACAAAGCUGAAGCAUCCAAACUACCAGGCCAUGGCCAAAGAGAGUCUUCAGCUAGCUGUUCACUUCCUGUUUCACACCUACCUGCACACUAAGAAGAAACUCAGGGUGGACACGGAGGAGUGGAUGGCGACAGUGGAGGUGUUGCUGUCUAAGAGCAGUGAGGCGUGCAAGUGGAUGGUGCAGUACCUGGUUGGACCAGAGGGGAGAGAGAUCACCAGGGUUUGUCUGCUGGAAUGCAGCGUGAGGGAGGUCAGGGUAGUGGUGGCAUCUAUCCUGGAGAAGACCUUAGAAAGCGCUCUUCACUUUGGUGACCCAGGACUGGACGGCCUGACUGACGCUCUGCUCUCUUUAUUGGACAAAGACGUCCCUGAGAAUGUCAAAAACUGUGCACAGUACUUUAGCCUCUUCAGUAACUUCGCUCAGAGGGGUUACAAUCCUUGUCAGUUGUUGCUGAAACACUCUGCUUAUCGGCGGAUGCUCAUCUUCCUGCUGGGCCCCAACAGGCAGAACAACCAGAACCGGCGGUGGAGUCCAGCCCAGGCUCGGGAGUUCCUUCACCUCCAUAGCACUCUGGCUCUCAUCACUCUGCACUCGGACCUCAGCACACACCGCACCCAGACUCCAGGAGUGUUGAAGCUGAGUGUGAGUAGCAUCCCGUCCGCCAGCCCUCUCCUACCCCUCCACUCAGACAUCAUGGCCUCACUCUUCACUCCAGAGGGGCAGCCCUAUCUUCUAGAGGUGAUGUUUGCUAUGCGUGAGCUGUCAGGUCCCUUGUCCCUCCUGAUUGAGAUGAUCACCUACUGCUCUUACUGUAACGAGUCUUUCUCCCUGGGAGUCCUUCAGUUACUCAAGACCCAGCUGGAGACGGCUCCACCUCACGAGCUAAAGAACAUUUUCCAGAUGCUUCAGGAGCUGCUGGUAGUAGAAGACCCUCUGCAAACCCAGAGACUCAAGUAUGCUUUUGAGUCAGAGAAAGGCCUAUUAGCUUUGAUGCACCAGAGCAACAAUGUUGACAGCAGCCGCUGCUACCAGUGUGUCAAGUUCUUGGUCACACUGGCCCAAAAGUGCACCGCAGCUAAAGAUUACUUUAAGGAUCUGUCUGGUCACUGGAGCUGGGCGGUGCAGUGGUUACAGAAAAAAAUGUCAGAACAUUACUGGACUCCACAGAGCAACGUCUCCAACGAGACAUCCACCAAUAAAACUUUCCAGCGCACUAUCUCAGCACAGGAUACUUUGGCCUAUGCCACAGCACUGUUAAAUGAGAAGGAGCAGUCUGGCAGCAGUAAUGGCUCUGAUGGCAGCCCAGCAAAUGAAAAUGCUGACCGCAGUCUCCGACAGGGUUCUGAGUCUCCCAUGAUGCUUGGUGAUUCGAAGAGCGAUUUAGAGGAUGUAGACCCUUAGUUCAUCCAACCAGCAGGAUCCCUCCAAUGGAGAGGCAGCACAGCUCUCGGCAGCCACUAGAAAGACUGCACUUCACCUCUGAUUGGUCAGGACUCCACUACAGCCAAUCAGAACACUUAUUCUCUCAGUCGCUAUGGCAAUGAAGGAGCUGUGAAUAAAACAUGAAUCACUUCCUGCCAGACCAGCCCAGGAGUUACUGGAGCUGGAUCAUCAUUAAGGGCAGGAGAGCUGAUUAUAGGGAAGUGGAAACCUUCCAUGAUAAUGGAUGACUUCAGUUUAUCCUUUUAUUCAUUCAUUCACUCAGAAUGACAAAAAUAUUGAGGAUGGGGUUGUGUUGUGUUUUAACAAUUUUUUUUGCUCAUAUUUGCCAAUGUAUCUACAUAGACAUAUUCAUAUUGUAAAGAUUUGUUUCAUAGAUGUAAUUUCCAAUGUAAAAUAAUAUUUUAAAGUCUCCUGUGCUCUUCUCCACAACCAUGUAAUUGCAAGAGGUAGCGUCACCUCACCUGCUCUAGAGGAACUUGCAUACAGAAGUGUGUGCACAUGUACAGGAACACCAAUACACACACACACACUAGCACGCAACAGUGGUGGAGUUAAGUAAGCACUUUAUAGUCCAACCCAGUCUAUUGUGAUGCACAGCAGCACUGGUCAGUUCCUCUAGAGGAGGGCACGUCCCACCUCCUCACACGUGUCUCCUCUUCCUCUUUUGCUUUUUGACACAUUAGAGCAACUUAUAUCCCCAGUGCCACAUAUGCAGACACAUGAUAGCAAGCCCUUAUAGCAAGCCACUCAGCCUGUGACUGAAUCUUUGACCCUGGUAUCCGCAGUGUAGCCAUGGGAAUGCAGUAUGACAGGCCUUGUCCUAGAAACUGGACAGAACCAGGCCCGAAGCAAAUCUGGAAAGAGCCACGCCCUGGUCAGCACUCUCUUUUCCUUUUCUGGCUGACGAGCAGCUCAUCUGCUGGAUUUUACUCUUUUCUUGCGUUUCUCUGUGUUUUAUGUGUUUACUUUGCUGGCUUCUUCUAGUUGGGAUGAAUUUGGAAAGGAAGUUUAGGGUGAGGGACUCAUGCCUUAUGCAAGUAAAGCUGCUGUGUGAGUGCACAGACCAGCAGUGGUGGGCCGUCAGUGCUGACUGGAGGGGAGCUCAGGAACAUGUUUUAUUUUUGGUGCCAAUGUUAUACACACACAUACAUGCAUACAUACACACAUAUGCACAGACGAAAGCACUAUGCUAGAACAACAUGCAAACAUAUGCACAUUCGCUCGCUCACUCACUCACUCACUCACAAAAACACAAAGAACAGGUCCUCCUCGCUUCACUGUUACCUCUGUGCUUUAUCAGGUUUGAUUUGCCAAUGGAUUUUCUUUUUGUUUUGCCUUUGCUUUCGUCUACCUUUGGAAACACACACAGAGGAAUCUAACCCAAAUGUAGCCCAAGAAAAACUCCCAUGUAAACCAUUGCCCUAACCUAGUCAUCGGGAGACUUGAAGUGCCUUAACCUCCCGAUCGGUCCCCUGCCCCACUUCUUUGACACUGUAUUGUCACUUCUCUCUGAGAAGAGGUUAAAGUCUGCUCCUUCUGUCCUGACUGUCACAACACAUCAGUCUCUCAUCUGGUCAUUUACAAUCUUGCAGUUGGGACUGCAAUAGGGCUUCCUCAUUCCCACUAGACCCAAAACGAUGGGGGAAUUUCCUCUGUGUGUUCCGAGCCAAGGACUGUAGGAAUGUAACUGUUGGUUGUUAUCUGGAUCCUGUGUGUAUUCUGGGUGGGGGGUGGGAUUUGCGAGUGUCUAUGCCCUAUUAAAACAGGGUUUAGCUGGACAGGACAGGGUUUUUUGCGAUGGUAAAAUGCUGCUUCUUUUCACACAAUGUAGACUAGAGCAGAGACACAUUGUAGAUUAGAUAGCGAUUUAUGCUAACUAGUUUGACAGACGUUCAGAAAGAGAACCACAUUCUGUGCGUUCUUGAGCAUUCACAGUCAGUUUGAAGGGCUCUUCACCCUCUGAUUGGCUCUGGUAUCAGAAAGAGUCCAAACUAGCUUAGCAUAUUAGCUCUCAGCUUUAACAGGUCAAUGUUUACAGUGUGAGGACCUACUUAGCAAUCAUGCAAAUUUUAUUUUUUCAGUUGGAGUCAACAUGAGGUCAAUCUGCUAAGGCUCCUCUGCAUCCUUGCCAUGGGGUCUUAGGAUAGGGAAAUCACUCUGAUUGCCUCUCGGCACCACUCAGCCCAUUUUCCUCUCUUAUCUCACUAGACGUGAAUGUGACCCUGUGCUCUCUGGCACCUUUGCAUGUGUGACAGUGAGUGGUGGUGAAGUUUGUCUUUACUGUACUGUUUGAUGGAGGAUAAACCAGCCCCUUGUGUUGUUUGCUGUGUAAUUCUCAAAUUCGCACUUACUUUCACAAAUCCACACCCCUUCUCUGUGGCUGGCUAUGUGCUCUCUGAUGGAGCUGCAUGCAGUCUGCGCCGAGUGACAAGAGGCCAUGGCAACAUGAGACGAGCUCAGCCCAGAGUCUAGGUUCGCCCCUAUACAGCACCAGAAGUACUUUUUAAAAGGCUUCCAAACAAUCUUUUCUUUUUAUCCCUGGGAUGCAGGGAGGGAUGGUUAAGUGGGUAGGGAUUGGCAUCUAUACGGGUUUUUACUGUCAUUCAAUUUUGAACAUUCACUUCCGAAAGUCAUGGCAGGAUUCUGUAAUGCAUGUUAAAACCCAGUUUUAAUUUGUACAUCAGAGUUUGAUUAUGGGGAAAUUUGAUAUAAAAUAAACUGGAAUGCACAACCUUUUGCAAA